AUGAGAAUUACAAGUACAUCUUGUAUCUGCCCAGUGCUAGUUUGUCUGUGUUUUGUGCAGAGGUGUUAUGGAGCUGCUCACCAUGGCUCCAUCAAGGUGACCAGAAAUCAAACCAAACACGUAGAAGGCGAAACAGAAGUGCAUCAUCGUCCCAAGCGUGGAUGGGUGUGGAAUCAGUUCUUUGUUUUAGAAGAACACAUGGGACCAGAUCCUCAGUAUGUAGGAAAGCUACACUCCAAUUCUGACAAAGGUGAUGGAUCAGUCAAAUACAUCCUUACUGGAGAAGGGGCAGGAACUAUAUUUAUUAUUGAUGACACAACUGGAGACAUCCAUUCAACCAAAAGCUUAGAUCGAGAGCAGAAGACACACUAUGUGCUCCAUGCCCAAGCUAUUGAUAGACGGACAAACAAGCCACUUGAACCUGAGUCUGAAUUCAUUAUCAAAGUGCAGGAUAUCAAUGACAAUGCACCAAAAUUUACAGAUGGACCAUACAUUGUUACUGUGCCAGAGAUGUCUGAAAUGGGUACAUCUGUUCUGCAGGUGACAGCCACAGAUGCUGAUGACCCUACAUAUGGAAACAGUGCCAGAGUAGUGUACAGUAUUCUUCAGGGACAGCCAUAUUUCUCUGUGGACCCUAAAACAGGAGUCAUCAGGACUGCCUUGCACAACAUGGACAGGGAAGCCAGAGAGCAUUAUUCUGUUGUCAUUCAAGCCAAAGAUAUGGCUGGGCAGGUCGGAGGGCUGUCAGGGUCAACAACUGUAAAUAUCACACUCACUGAUGUGAACGACAAUCCACCCAGGUUUCCUCAGAAACAUUAUCAACUCUAUGUUCCUGAAUCAGCUCAAGUUGGAUCAGCAGUUGGCAAAAUAAAAGCAAAUGACGCAGACACUGGUUCAAAUGCAGACAUGAAGUACACAAUUAUAAAUGGUGAUGGCUCUGGAGUGUUCUCCAUAUCUACAGACAAAGAAACAAGGGAAGGAAUUCUUUCUCUGAAAAAGCCACUCAAUUAUGAAAAAAAGAAAUCAUAUACACUUAACAUAGAAGGAGCCAAUACUCACCUUGAUUUCCGGUUUUCACAUUUGGGACCGUUCAAGGACGUAACAAUGCUGAAGAUCAUUGUUGGCGAUGUGGAUGAACCUCCCCUCUUCACUAUGCCUUCCUAUGUCAUGGAAGUUUAUGAAAAUGCGAAGAUUGGGACUGCUGUUGGCACAGUAACAGCACAAGAUCCUGACACAGCCAACAAUUUAGUAAGAUAUAUAAUUGAUCAUAACACAGAAGAAGAUAGGUAUUUCACCAUUGAUGCUAGUACUGGGACCAUUAAGACUGCCAAAAUCUUUGACAGAGAAGAGACGCCUUGGUACAACAUCACAGUGACUGCUUCUGAGAUAGACAAUCCUGGGUUAGUGAGCCAUGUUCCAGUUGGUGUUAGAAUCCUGGACAUCAAUGACAACCCUCCAGAACUUGCCAGAGAGUAUGAUGUAGUUGUCUGUGAGAAUGCAAAGCCUGGUCAGGUAAUUCAGACUAUCACUGCAACUGACAAAGAUAACUCUGCAAAUGGGGCAAGAUUCCAUUUUUUCCUUGAUGAAGGGCGUUCUUUGAAUCCCAACUUUACUCUAAGGGACAAUGAAGAUAACACAGCCAGUAUCCUGACAAGACGAAAGAAAUACAGUCGAACCACUCAAGACAUGUAUUACCUCCCGGUUUUGAUUUCCGACGGCGGAGUGCCCUCUCUCAGCAGCAGCACUACUCUCACAAUUAAGGUUUGCGCCUGUGAGAGGGAUGGACGAGUGAGAACUUGCCAUGCUGAAGCUUUCCUCUCCUCAGCUGGCUUGAGCACAGGAGCUUUAAUUGCAAUAUUGCUCUGUGUUGUCAUUCUUCUUGUUUUCUCUUUAGCAAUUGUGGUCCUUUUCAUCACCUUAAGACGCAACAAGAAGGAGCCCUUGAUCAUUUCAGAAGAAGAUGUCCGGGAAAAUGUUGUGACAUAUGAUGAUGAGGGCGGUGGAGAGGAAGACACAGAAGCAUUUGACAUCGCAGCACUGCGGAAUCCAUCAGCUGCUGAGGAGCUAAAAUACCGGAGGGAUGUUCGUCCUGAAGUGAAGCCUAUGCCCAGGCAUCAUACCUCCACAAGCCUUGACAGCAUAGAUGUUCAGGAAUUCAUUAAACAAAGACUGGCAGAGGCUGAUCUGGAUCCCAGUGUACCCCCUUAUGACUCCUUACAGACAUAUGCCUAUGAGGGUCAUAGAUCAGAAGCUGGAUCGAUCAGCUCUCUGGAUUCAGCCACAACACACUCUGACCAGGAUUAUAAUUACCUUGAGGACUGGGGACCUGAGUUCAAGACACUAGCUGAACUAUAUGGGGAAAUAGAAUCAGAAAGAACAACUUAG